AUGUUAGAUGAUGAACGAUUUAUUAAUCAUAAAAAUCAUUUAUUUGAUUCUCAACCAUUACAAACAAUUCAAAGAAAAAUUAGUAAACAAAAAAAUUUUGCAGAAAAUCAUAUUGAACAAUCGAAUGGUGAUGAAAUGUUUGAAUCAUCGUCAUUUGAAAAUGAUCAUAUUCUUAGACAUUCAACUAAUUCAAGAAUGUUACAUGAAAAUAAUGAUAUUAUUCUAACAAAUGAUUUUCAAUAUGAACAAUUUCAUCAACCAAAUACACGUAAAAUUACGAAAAUUAUACCAAAAGAAAAUAAUUCAUUAAUAAAUAAUCGACCUAUACAAUUACGUAGUACAAGUGCUUCAAAUAUAAAACGUGAAAAUAAAGAUUCAUCUCUUACUCGAAAUGAUAUACAACGAUUAAAACACGUUCGUCGACAUGAACCAGCUCAUGUUCAAUCAGAUUCUAAAACAAGUUUAAUUACACCUGAAUCAUGGAAAACUGAUCCAGUUGUUAUAAAACGAUCAUCAAGAAAUAAAUCAACUAUUGAAAAUGUUAAUAAACCAACAAAAAUUAAUAAUAUAUCAAAACCAAUUAUUGAACAGUCAACUACUGAAAAUAAACAACGAACAGAAAAAAAACUUAGACCAAAACGUGAUACAAGUGCUUCAAAAUCAACUAUAAUAGAAAGAAUAUCAGCUAAAUCAGCACCACCAUCAACAAAAAUUGAAAAAACGAAAGAAGAAAAAGAACAAGAAAAAGAAAAAAUAAAAAAAUAUAUUCAAGAAAAACGAGAACAACAUGAAAAAAAAAUACUCGAUGAAAAAAAUAAAAAAAUAAUUCAAGAAAAUGAACGAAAAGAUAAUUUAAAAAAAUUAUAUAAAGAAACUAAAAAAGUUUCUCAACAACCAUUACCUUCAUCAUUAAUUAAAAAAUCAGCUACAACAACACUAACAAAUGAUUUAACCGAACAAAAACGUGAACGACUUCUUAAUCUACUUGGUCCAAGAGAACCAACAGAAUAUCAUAAUAAUAUACCUUUCGAACAACCUUCAUUACAUGAACGUUCAUCAUCGAGUUCAUCAUCAAGUUCUGAUUCAGUUAUUGAAAUUCAACCAUCAAAAUUAAAUGAUAAAUCAUAUUCUGAACCACCUAUUCAAAAUGGUAUUAUGAAUGAUGUUAAACAACGACAUCAUAAUAUACUUCGAUGGGCUAAUAAUUUAACACGAGAUUGUGACGCUAUUGAAAAUAAAUUUAAAUAUUUUCGACCAGACGGUACUCAACAAUUUGAUAUUAUUCCAUCUUCUCAAAAACAACAUAAAUAUGAUGAUGGUAAUUUACGUUUUCAAACUCCUGUUCGAAUAGAUAAUAAUAAUACUGAUUCGAAACCAAUUAUUCCAUCAAAAAUAAUACGUCCAUCAGGACGUUUAAGUCAUUUAAAUCAAAAUCAUACAAGUGAAUAUCAAGGUCAACAAUUACCAGGUGUUGGUAAUCUUCGUGAUCCAUUAUUAGAACGACGUAUAAAACGUGAUCUUGCUGCAACUAAAAUUCAAGCUGCUUAUCGUGGUCAUACAGUAAGAAAAUCACUUCAUUGGAUUAAUGGAAAACAACAACAAUUACAUAGUGAAUUUAAUAAACGACCCAUGCAUAAAUCUACAAAAAAAUUUUCCAAUACAACAGAUAUACGUGACGCACCAGCCAUAAAUUUAGAUAUUCGUUUUACAGAUGAUAAUUUUACAAUCGGUUCAACACUUUUACGUAAUUAUCAACGAAAUGGAAAUAAUACAAUGCCAUUAAAAAGUCCACGUAUAUUCGAUAGAUCUGAACACGAACAAAAACCAACAGCAUUAGAAAAUUAUUCAGAUGAUUAUGAAAAUUUCUCAAGUACAACAUCAUCAUCUAUGUCAAUUAAACAACAACGAACACCACAGAAACCUCGAGUUAUUCAACAACCAAUAUCAAAUACGAAAAGUACUAGUUCUUCGACAUCACCACCAUCUUCGUCCAGUCUAACUCCAACACCUGAACCUGUUGUACAUUCUAAUAUUCACCGUCGUCGUUCAAUUUCUCCUCCUAUACCACCAGAAAUGUCUCCAGAUAAUGGUCGACCUAUUCGUUAUCCUCAACGUCCUCCUCCUCCUCCAAUAACAACAACAACAACAUUUAAUCGAAUAUUAGAUGAACGUCGUUAUUCACCUGAUGCACUUGAAAGACAAUUAAAUGCUGAAUUAAAUUUACUUGAUGGUGUUGAAGCAUCAAUGAAACAAAUUGAUAAUAUGGAACGAUUAAGAUCAGUUGCACUUGCACAACAAGAAGUUGUUUCACUUGCACAAGCUUUAAAAAAUAAACCUUCAACAGAUAGUGGUACAUCUCAACAACAAAUACGAAAACAUGUUGCUCGAGAAAUUUCAUCUGUCUCUUCCUCCUCCUCAUCGUCAUCAUCAAAUCGAAAACAUCGUUCACCUUCACCUCAACAUUCAUCAUCAAAAACUAAACAUUCCCAUCAUCGAAUUACUCAAUCACCUGGUUCAUCAUCAUCGGAAUCAAUCUUCACUAAACGUCAAAAACAUGUACAUCAAAAAUUUCAUAAUGAAACUGAAUUACAAGCAUAUGAAAAACGUUUAACAGAUAUUGAAAAACAAAUUCGUAUACUUGUUAAAAAUGCUCCUGAAGUACUCGAUGAAAAACGAAAUAUUUCAACUUUACGUGUAUCAUCUAAAUCAAGUGAUGAAUCAAGUAUUAGUGAACAUUUACCUAUAUCACAUAAAUCAUCAAGCUCAACAAAUGUUCCUAACUUCUAUGUGAAAAUUGGCAGAGAUAGUGAUUCAUCAUCAACAUCAAUUCAUCAACAAAAUUCUGAUAUUAUUACAACAGAUGCUAGUGAUAUUGAACGUCGUAUACGUUCUUAUCGUGAACAAUUAAAAAAAAAAGAAAUGGAACUUAAUAAAUUAAAACAUGAAAAAACUAAAGAAGUUUUAAGAAAACAAGAAGAUGAAUUAAAAAAACAACUUCAAACAACUACUCAUGAAAUUGAAAAAUUACGUCUUCAACCCGAACCUAAAAUACCUGUUCCUUCACGUCAAUCACCAUUGAGAUCUCGAAAUAACAGUGGCAGUAGUACUACUUCAAUAGAAAUAAAACCACAAGAAUCAAGUAUAUCUGAAGACUUACCAGUAGCAACAACUUCACAAUCGAAAACGGAUAAUAUUAUUAAUAAACCAAUUGAACAAAAUCGUCCAAUAGUAAAGAAAAUACGAGACUUUUUCGAUGAUGAUGAUGAAGAAGAAGAAGAAAAACCACAAUUAAAACCUUUAGAAACACCACGUGAUGAACGAGAUACACGACAGGAUGCUCAAUCAAUAUCAAUUGCUACUGAUUUAUCUGCUGCAUCAGAAACUGACAAUGAUAGUAGUCAUCGUCCGAGUAGUGAUAAUGAAAAAUCAAUAUUAAAUUUAAAUAUAAAUCUUCCUUCACUAUUAAAACCACAAAAAGAUUCUGAAUCUUCAUCAUCUUCGACAACAACAGCAACAAGUAAAAAAUCUUCUAAACAACAAAUACAAUCACGAUCAUUUGAACGUAAACCAUCACCAAUUACAAAUGAUUAUGAUGAAGAUUUUUCUGAUACUAGUCAUUCACGAACUAGUCAUACAAAAGAAUCUUUAUCAAAACCAAAAAUUGAUAAUAUUGAUAUUGAAUCAAUUCAAGAAGAUCUUAAUAUUAAACAAUCAUUACAUGAUACAAGUCAAAGUUCAUCAUCAAAAUCUAGUGGUGAUGAACAAUCAGAAAUUCUUGUUCUUGUUAAAAAAUCAGCUACUAAUACACCUCGAAAACAAGAUGAUAAAACUCCUAAUGAAGAAGAACGUUUUCGUUCUAUUUCUCCUCCUCCUUCUCCUCCUAAACCAGUACAACAACAACAACAACAACAACCUAAAAUUGAAUUAAAUAAUAAUGAUGAUACUUCUGAUGAUGUAAGCGAUGAUAAUGAUGACGAUGAAUCUAAUCAACGUAUUGAACAAGAACAUAAAAUAGAUAAAUUAACUGAAUCACUUAUUCGAACAUUUAUUGAUGAAGCUAUUGGUCAAGGAAAACAAAUUGAACGUUUAAAAAAAGAAACAAAUAUAUUAACACAAGAAGCUAAAGAGUGGAUGUCUGAUGAUGAUGAUAUAACUGAUGAAGAAAAUUCAAAACCAAUUAUUGUUGAAUCAAAUGGUUUUGCACUUGAUCUUAGUCGAUUGGAUGAGAAAAGUUCUGAUGAACCACGUAUUGAAAGUCCUCGAAAAAUAAUUAUUGAAGAACAAGUGAAAUUAUUGGUACCUCAUACUCGUGAACAAGUUAUUGAAUUAUGUCAUGAAGCAUUAAAAAUUUUAUUUAAUCAAAAUAAAGAUUUUUCUAAUCGAUCAGCUAUUAAAUGUCAAAUACCUAAUUCAUAUUUUAAAUAUGAUGAACAAGAUUCAGAUAAUGAAAAUAUUCGACGUAAUCAUCAUGCAUAUUGUCAAAUGAUAUUUGAUUUAUGUAUUGAAUUAUUAAAUGAAAUGUAUACAGAAAAUAUUCAAUUAGAAAAAUAUCCUGAAUGGCAAAAAACUAAACUUAUAUCAAAACGUUUUUAUCGUGGAAAUAAAACAAAUAAUCGUCAUUAUAUUGAACAAUUUAUUGAAACAAAAAUUUUAGAAAUAUUAAAUUUAAAUACACGUCAAAUAAAAUAUUCAAAAUGGCGUGUAUCAAAUGGUACACGUAAUGGUAAAGAAAAAUUUGAAAUUAUACUUGAUGAAGAAAUACGUCGUACAGAAUCUCAAUGGAUUGAUUAUGAUGAUGAUUGUAUGCAAUUAAAAUUUGAUAUAGCUGAUUCAAUAUUAGAUCAAUUAAUACAAGAAACAAUAACAGAAUGUUUAGAUAUUGUUGAUAGACGUUUCUUUUUUAGCAGUAAUAGUACACGUCUUUAA